CCAGUCGGAGCGCCACAAAUGCAACAACCGGUGACUCUCGCACUAGUCUUCCCGCGAAACGCUACGGACUUUCCCGCAUUUUAACCGACAAUUUUCCCUUUAUCACGACUUUUCACGUGUCUAAAACAUUUUUAAAACGCCAUCGAGCCCCCAGUGAGUGACUGUAUAAAAAAAUAAAACGAAAAAGUGAUAGAAUUGAGGAAAUAUCGAGGCGAUUGACCCAGCGAGUUGGACAGUGCGCGCGUGAAUUUUUCCCUCCCAAAUUGUGAACAAUUUGUGUGAAAAAAUCAACGAAAAUCGAACCCAACUUGUGCCUAGGAUAUCUGGGAAUAUCCGUAGACACUUUGCAAGUGUUUUCCGAGGAUUUGUGCCCGGAAAAAUCGGGGAAAAAUAUUGGAAACGCGGUGGCGUCGGGACGCUGAGACCGCUGUGAUUGUUGCUGCUGUUGGUGCAUUAUUGAAGCCCUUGUACUCGCAAAAAUUGGUGGAUUGAAGGGUGGAUAGUUGAGGCAAUUAUUAGAGACUUCGUUUAGCCCCGGAAAACCGGAAAAACUCGAGUUUUCUUCGAGGUUAUGUUGUGUGUACAGAGGGCGUGACAGUACCGGAUUACCAGAGGGGUUGGUCAUAGUUUCGCGCGCUAGUCUCCCGCGCUCCACUCAUCAACUCCCGCAUUUUUCCAAUUUUAUAGUGUUAAUUGAUGAAUGAAUAAUUUUUAAAAAUUGUCCAUUUUAUUUUAAUGAUAUUUCGAGGUUGGGAAAAAAUUUGAAAAAAUUUUUUCGCCAUUUUUUCAAAGGCUUUUGGGCGACGAAAAAACGGUCGGCUGGGUCGGCGGUCAGAGGGAGCAUUAUGGCGAUUGAGUGAGAGACCCAAGCAUCGCUCUCCUCAUUUAUCCCCUCGCAUUUAUUCAAUUCAAGGGUUUUAUUGUUACUGAUACGUUCGGAGACAUUGGGGGAGUGUUACCGAAGGACUCUGAGAAGAUUUGGAUUUUUUUGGUGAAUUUUUUUGGGAAAGAGAGCACACGUCAUCACAAACAGCAUCAAGAUGCCGCAAACUAGUCUACAGGAAAAUCAUCCAUUCACACCCCAGGGAAUGAAACCCCAACCCCUGAAACGUAAACGCAAGAGUACAGAGCCAUCGGAAGAUGCUGAGAACAUCUAUCCACCAACGAAAAUAGCAGCAGGGUUGCAAUGUCAUGGAAUACGUAUUACGGAGACCCCAAAGACCCCACAGAAUCAUUCGUCCUCUCCGCUCCAAGAGCGUGAGCCGUCUACCUGGUCAGAAUUGCGAACGUCCACGUGUUUUCUGACUCCCUCAGCCUCGUCCAGCUCCUCCAGCAAGCCAAGUCCUCUUCCUUCGCUUCCAUGGGCCGAUGGCUCCCAGGUGUGGUCGAUGAUGUGUCUGGGAGAUCAGAAGACACUUACCCAGAGGGACUCGCAGAUGUUCCAAAGGCAUCCAACGUUGCAGCCCAGAAUGAGGGCUAUUCUUCUGGAUUGGCUCAUCGAAGUCUGCGAGGUUUAUAAAUUACACAGGGAGACUUAUUACCUGGCGAUGGAUUACAUCGAUAGGUAUCUGACCACACACUCUAAUGUACCAAAAAGUCAACUACAACUCAUUGGCAUCACCUGUUUAUUUAUUGCUGCUAAGGUUGAAGAAAUUUAUCCUCCAAAAAUCGCCGAAUUCGCCUACGUAACUGACGGUGCCUGUACCGAGGAAGAGAUCCUAGGAAAGGAGUUGAUAAUCCUGAAGGGUCUUGGAUGGAACUUGUCCCCAGUGACCCCACCAGGCUGGUUGAAUGUCUACAUGCAGAUGGAAUCAGGCGAUUGGUCCCGACCCCACGCCUUCAUCUAUCCCCAGUACAGUGGUCUUCAAUUUGCCCAGGCAGCCCAGCUCCUGGACCUGGCGACCCUCGACGAAGGGAGUUUGAAAUUCCCUUAUUCCCACAUGGCAGCCGCUGCUGUGUACCACACUCAGGGUCGAGAGUGCGCCUUAAGGGUCUCGACUCUCUCCUGGGAACAGUUGGCCCCCUGCGCCAAAUGGCUCAGUGCUUUCGCCCACAUCAUUGCUGAGGAAGACCCCCACAUUCUCUCAAGAUCAACAGUUCCCCCUGUGGAGUCUCACGCAGGCUCUGGACUGAGGGCAACGGUUCCCAAUAUCGUUUUGGACGAGUCCCACCGGAUCCAGACCCACGUGGUGGAUCUUGCAAUGCUUGAGAAAGCACAGCAGAGGCACAAAGAUUUGGAGUGCCAUUCAAUAGAUUCUUUAGAUUCUACCAGUCUUGAUACAAACAGUCCUGAUCAGAGUGGCAUCCUCACACCACCUUCCAGCAGCCAAAAAAACUCACCGACACCACCUAGAUUACCUCCACAACUUGAACCUUAUACGUAAUUGAGACUGUUGGGUGAGUGUCUGAGGGCCAUUGAGGGUUCGAUUGUUAUUCAGUAAGGAAGUGGUUAAGUGCGCAGGGAAAAACGUGAAUCAGGAGGAUAUUUUCAUGAAUGUAAAAUACGAAAGUCCUUUGCCGGAAAUAUAUAAUUUGCUUUCUACAGUUACAUAGAUCAAAUAAUAUGAGAUAUUCCAUGUCGAAUGAGACUGGAAAUCGACCUCGAAGUUUUCUAUGAUUGGAAUGCUAAACAAACUAUCUCGCAAUUCCGUUUAGUUUUUUUUUUCGACAACCGUUUUUACAUAUUUAUUUAUUUAUCUUACACUUUUAGUAACUCUUAUAAUUAAGACGUUCUUUGAACCGUUACAUUAGUAGAGCUUUCUUUGGAAUGUAUUUUAUUUUUAAUUUUUUGGUCUGAGAAUCCAUCAAUUUGGGUAAAAUACCCUAAAAAAUUACUAUGCACUUCUAAAUUGUUCUAAUUUUUUGUGAAUAUGGUAUUAUGGUCAGCUGGGGAUUAAAGAAAAAAAUGAAAAAAAAAUAUCUUUAGAGUGAGUUGUCGAAAAAAUUGGGAAAUAUUGCAUUGUUUGCACCUUAAAAUCAGAAAAGAUAGAGGUCAAUUUCCAAGAAAAUGCUGUCAGCCAUUGACUGAUUUUACAUGAAAUAUUAUUUUAUCUCCUUGAUUCUCCUUGAUUCUCCGAAUACGAAAUAUCUGGAAAUAUCUGUCUUGAAUUCUUGAAUCAACAUUAUUUAUCCGUGAAUUUAACAAAAUCUUGAUUCAAUAAUUUUUUCUUCCUUGUCAUAAGUGGUAUUUCAUAAUUGUAAAUAACUAGUGGUUUGGAAAUUUGUCCAUUGCAGAUAGAAUUAUAGGGAUAAUGAACAACGUUUCCAUCAUUCCAAGAGAGAUUUCUUAGGGAUGAGAACACUUCUGACAUUUACCUGAAAAUAGAGGACUUUUUAAGGAAAAUGUCGAGAAAUAAUUAUUUUAUGACUGAAGAACUCAUCCAUAAAAAAAUAUACAUCAUUCUUGUUCUUAAAGUCACCCAUUACGGGAAGGAUUUCUUGUUGAAAGAGACAUGUAGUGAUUACAUACGCUUCACCACUUCGCUAUUGAUUUUUUUUUCAAUUUUUCGAGUAAUCUAUUGCCCCUUUAGUGCCUUAUAAACGUUUUCGAUGACUCUUUUACGCAGUCAAUAACAUUUUUAACACUGCCAUGGUUAAUAGGUUUUUUGUGAGGCAUCGUGACUUUAAGAAGACUCUUAACAGUGAUAUAAAUAUUAUUAUUAUAUUAUUAUUGAGGUGUUUGAGAGGGAAUACGAGGUGCCGAGGCCUUUGGAGAUAUCCGGAUUCCAUUAUGUUUACUGGGAUUGUUUAUCAUUGCUUGAUGCAAUGGGAGGGGGAGGAUUAUGGACUCGAAUGUAGAUCUUUUUUGAUCUCUUCGUUAGUUAUGAAUUAUUAAAAAUAUUGUCAGUGGGUAGAUAAUUCUCGACGGAGUGGAGUUUAGAAAUGAAUUGAAAAAUUUUUAUGAGCAAAAUAAGCCAAGAAUUUUUAGGGCUUUCUGUGAAAUCAGUACAACCAAUAGUUCAAGACAGAGACUGCGAAAUAGGAAAAAGAAAUAAGGAGAAAGUUUUCACUACACUGUUCUGUGAUCAACCCACACGUUAGGGCGUCAUUCCUUCGGACUUCACUUCAUGAAAAAAAUAAAAUAAAA